AUGGACGCAAUUGAUUCGGUAUUCGAUCCAUUGAGAGAGUUCGCUAAGGAUAGCGCCCGCCUCGUCAAGCGCUGCCACAAGCCCGAUCGCAAAGAGUUCACGAAGGUGGCGUUCCGUACAGCGAUAGGAUUCGUUGUGAUGGGAUUUGUAGGUUUCUUUGUGAAACUCAUCUUCAUUCCGAUCAACAACAUCAUUGUUGGAUCUGGUUAG